AUGAAAACAAGCGUUCAUAUCAAAGAUGAACCGGUUGAAUUGCAAGUUAAUGAACUACUUCGUUUGUAUGGAUAUAAUCUAACUGAUGCGCCAAAGAUAAAGCCUUCACGAACGAAAUCAACUGUUACUCAAGAUCAACAAGAGGCGUCAACAUGCGCUUGGUGUCAGAAGUUAGGCGGACAGUCAUUCACAUUACGAACAGAUAACGGAGAUUCUAAGACGCUGUGCAGUGAAGUUUGCUUUAAUCAAUAUCGGCGUGCUUCAUUCAAAAAGAAUCGAGUUGCAGAAAAUGAAACUGAUCAUAUCUCAUCGUCUAUUAUCUCCGCUAACAAAUCUAAAUCACCAGAAAAGAAGAAUGGACUGAGCAAAUCGGAUCAGCAGCUGCUUGAUGCUAAUCGACGAAAACUAUUAUUACCCCUUCGUCGUCUAACUCCAAUCAUGUCAAAAACGAAGUUAAAUCGAUUUACUCGAAAAUCCACUCCUUCACCCUUCUCAAAACGUCAUCGAUCAUCCUCUUCACCGCAUUCAAAUGAAAAAAUUCUUCGCACUGAACAACCAUCAACUACUCCGUCAAAUCUACCUGUUAAUCUCGCGUGGCAACCAUCACUUUAUUUACCAUCGAACAUGCCUUGGGCAUCUCCGAUUGAUAUCAAUCGUUUUCAAUACCACUCAUUAUUUGCUCCUCCACCUCUCCCUCCUGUUUCCGCUCCACUGCCACCACCACCACCACCACCACCUCCACUACCACCACCAAUACUACCAGUACCGUCACACCCAGUCACUUCAUCGAACCUAUUUUCAACUCUAGCAAAAGGCGCUCUGUCGAACUACACUUGUAUUCUACCAUCUUUCAUCCCACUGCCUAUUCCAAUACCUAUCCCACUGUGUUUUCCUGUUCGCGUGCCAUGUACGAAGUGCUCAGUCGAAGUCAAUCAUCAACAAAGUCAAACGACAACAGAAAAUGAUGCUGAACAAAAACGAUUACGAAGGACGUCGAUUUGA